AUAAAGAGCUUUUUGCAGUUUGCACACAUUAUGAGCAGCUUUUGUGCAGAACUCCUGAGUCAUCAUAGUUCUGUGGAGAUGACGCUUUUAUUCUGAAGGAUCUGUGCAGGAAGUGGUGCUGUUGUUGCAUUAGUACCAAGUAGGAGUGGCUCCAUCUCCGUUAUAAGAGACGUUGUGAUGUUAAAGUGAUGUUUGAUCUUUAGGAGACAUCGACAGAGAUGGAGCUUCUUCCUCUUCUGUGUCUCUGCCUCCUGACUCGCUCUGGAAUCACGUCUGCUCAACUAAACAGACCAGCAGUCAUCAUAGAGGAAGGAGGGACUGAUGUAAUCUUACCCUGUUCUCUCAGCACCAAGGAAAACAUUGAGUUUAAAAUCUUUGACUGGAGGAAAGUUGCUCAGAAAGAUGAUGGUCAGAAGAAGGUGUUCCAGUAUGACGCAGGCAUUCAUUCCAACAACGGUCUAGAUGGUCAGAGUGAGCAGUUCAAAUGUCGAGUCUCUCAUCUUCAAGAUGAACUGAAACACGGCAACGCCUCCAUAAUCAUCAGAAAUACAAAGAUAUCUGACAGUGGAGAAUACACCUGUCAUUUUCCUUGUCUUCAGCCACCUCAAAUAUUCCACAUUAAGCUUGUUAUUGAUCCUAUCUUAAAAGACAGAAGAAGGGAAAACAUCCCAGGUGAAGGACCAGAGAUAACCUCAGGUAGAUUUGUUCUGCAGCAAGAGUAUGACAUCCAUCAUGACCCACAACUACAAAAACACACCAAGAACUGACACAAGUUCUCUACUACUACUCUAAUCUAAUACAAAUAGAAAUACUCAAGGUUCCACCAAUUAGGACGAGAGAGAGAGAGAGAGAGAGAGAGAGAGAGA